CACCCGUGCGGAUAUUGAUUUACUCCAAAGCGUUGCCGCCCCCUUCGCGUCACGCACACCAACGGUAGCCCGCUAGUAAUCGAUACGACGCUCCACUUUGCUGGCGAACGCACACACCGGCGGCGGCGGCGGUGGAAACACACGCGAAGAAACUGGGCCGUGGCCCCAUUUCGAGUACAUAGUGAAUUAUUCGCGAACCACUUUCCACCAUUCAAGCAUACAUGUCUUUGCAACCCUUCAAUCGUACCAAUCGCAAACAGAAGCAGGAAAAUAUCAACACGACCUUGAAAGCUUCAAAUGCGUGGUGUGUUAUCAACGAAGCACAACAGUAAACAACGAUAAACGAAAAUGUGCGAGGAGUCAGCGUGUCUGGUCCCACCACUGGAAACGGCCCAGAAUGGUCCCACAGAACAAAUGUCAACAGGAGGUAGUGCUGGGUGUAACAGCGUCGCUGGGGAAGCCCUCGUAGGGUUUCAUGAAGAUGCCCUAUCACAGGCCAAUGUGGGCAAGGCCCAACUCCUGUUAACCAUGGUUUUAGGUCUUGCAAUUGCUGCUGAUUGCAGUGAGGUAGCCAUAUUGGGGUAUAUAUUACCCGCAGCUGAGUUGCAGUUGUGUAUUGAUGAUCAUCGCAAGGGAUGGUUGGUAUCAAUAACAUUGUUGGCAUUGGCCAUUGGGUCAAUCGCCUGGGGGAUUCUGGGUGACCGAGUUGGUCGUCGAAGGGCUCUUGUGAGUUCCCUUAUAGUAGCCGCCCUUUUCUCAGCUGUUGCUACAGUUAUGCCCACGUAUGGUACCUUUAUGACUGCAAGAUUUUGUUCUGGAGUUGGUAUUGCAGGCGCCGUCCCUUUGACCUUUAGCUACUUAGCAGAAACCUGCCCAAGGGCAACCCGCACGCGAUACACAGGUCUCCUACAUUCUUUCUGGCCCUUGGGAGCUUUGCUAACCUCAACCAUCGCGCAUCUAACCUUACCAACUGAGGGUGCUGAUGUAGUUCUGGACAACCGUGAACAUUGGAGUUCAUGGCAUCGUUUCCUCAUUGCUAAUAUCCUCCCAACAAUCAGUUGCAUAGUUGGAUUGAUCUGGACCUCAGAAUCACCUAGGUAUUUACUAGAAGCAUCCCGGGAAGUAGAAGCACUUGAAGUCUAUCAACGUUUACACCGAUUGAACAAAAGCCGUACACAAUAUGGUCUCACCGAAUUGGAACUCCCGGGACGCAGUGCAUAUCGUGACCGUCCCGCAAGUCCAGGACGUAAUGCAGUCCGCAGUUGGAUUGACACAGUCUGCGAUGCUUUCCGGCGGAUUUCAUCACCUGCUCACUUCCGGACAACCGCCCUACUUGCAUUACUACAUCUUCUACUAGGGUUUGUCUACAUGGGCAUAUCCUCAUACUCUUCAGCGAUGAUCAAGGACAUGAAUGAUCAGGAAUACAAUGCUAUGCGGAAGUAUAUCGUACAUGCAAGUUACGUGGAUCGGGUCUUUGACGCGACCAUUGAAAACAUCGAAUAUCGCGACUCCCUCUUCAAAAACGUCACUUUUAAGAAUCUGGAACUCCGCCAUGUUGAAUUCGUCAAUUGUGUAUUCGACGAAGCAGAGUUCACAAACGUCAAGUCUUCAAUCACGUACUUUCUGAAUACAACCGUGCGUGAUUCGCGAUUUGUGGACACAGAUUUAUCCGACCACCAUUUUGUGGACUGUAUGAUGAUCAACAACACGUUUCUAUCACUUAUCUCUGAUUGCACUGUGGAUUUCGACUACAAUAUUUACCUGGAGGAUUUGUACCGUGAGACCAUCGCUUGGGCAGGUCCCAUGUUACCAUCCCUGUUGAUUCUUGGGUUUUUACUGGAAAUCACCUUAAGACCACCGAUUGUGGUCACUUUAUUGUUAUUAUCCAGUAUUUCGUCAAUUGGGAUCUUUUUCCAGUACAGAUUCAGUUUUAUUUUACUCACGGAAGCUUUGGUCAAGGUGUUUCUUAUGUGCGCUAUCAAUACCUUGACCAUGGUGAUAAUUGAAGGUUAUCCAUGUCAUUUAAGAUGUACUGCGCAUGGAGUAAUGCGUUGUUUGUUCCACUUGGCUUCACUUUGCGCGAUCCCCAUGUACACAGCAAUGGUACAGACUGUUCUGCUGGUCCCAGCGGUCCUAACGGUGGUCCUCACCUUCGGAGCCGCAUUGCUAGCCACCCGCAUUCAGGACAACAGCAAGGUGUUGCUCUAAGCAGCCCCCGCGCGAAAAGAACUGUGAUAAAUGUCGGGCGACACAAAAUGGAGCGCUCCUCUCAUCCGAAGCUAGCAAACGAAUCAAAGAAAUCCCGCGCGUGCGCUCUGUUAGAUGACUGUUAGAGACCAGCUACAUAUCAUUGACAACGCCUACGAGAGUACCACUUUUGUCCAUUUUAUAUAUGUGUAAAGCAGCAGCUAGUAAGUAAGGUUAUGUUAGCAUAGUGAGAGCGCCAUCUGCUUGCUAGCGCAUUGUUGUUGCAUAAAACAGCUCUCUUUCUCACCUUCAACAACACACGAUAAUUGUAAAUAUUAACACACACCACUAUAUUCUAUAUAUAUAUAAAAAAACGCGCAUUACAAAACAAUGCAUAAGAAUGACCUACGAAUCUAAAACGCAAUGAAGUUUGAAUUGGAAUUCAAUUACAAUUACGAUUACAACCUUUAGAAUUUUACGGUUUACGGUUUGAAGCUCUAACUCUACCUGUAACCAUGUUAAUUUUUAUGAAUAGAAUUUACGAAUUAAGUAA